ACGUCUACACUCAACGGUAUGCUUAUACAAAGCGGAUACGAAUCUCUGGCGGAUAUUUCAAAGCGUGUUUCAAAGUGAAUGUUCGGAUAUCUUGAUGGCAGUAUUAGCUGUAAUAUUAUAUAACUAUCUUAUUAUACUCAUGCAUAAAUAUGACGGAACUGCCGUUGCAAAGUAAACCAUCAAACAGUGGUGCGAAAAGAGGGCUAUCGCAUACCGGAUUUAUUCUAGUCGGAAUUACUGGAGGUGCUGCUGUAGCCAUCAGUGCAAUCUGUCUUCCAUUCGUUAGUCCAGCCCUACGUAGGAUUUGUCUACCAUAUGUACCAGCGACUACUCAACAAGUAGAUAAUGUGCUGCAAGCUUUGAAAGGCCGCUCCGGUACCUUGGUCGAUCUAGGCAGUGGAGAUGGACGUAUAGUUUUUGCUGCAGCUAGAAAGGGAUUCACAGCUGAUGGUGUCGAAUUGAACCCAUGGCUUGUUGUAUAUUCAAGAUUCAUUGCAUUAACGCAAAGAUUGUCCGCAAAAGUAACAUUUUUCAGAAAAGAUCUUUGGAAAUUUAACUUGGAAAAGUAUGACAAUGUCGUUGUAUUCGGAGUAGAGCAAAUGAUGGAUAAGGUUGAACAGAAAUUCAUAGCAGAACUGAGGAGUGAGAGUGUGAUAGUUGCCUGUCGUUUUCCGUUACCCAACUUGGAGCCUAUUGCAAUACUUGGUCAUGGUGUUGAUACUGUUUGGGUCUACAAAAAUGCAGCGAUAACACAAUUUGGUUCUUGAUUGUGAUUCCUUUUAGGUAAAACAUAGGUGAUAUAUUUGUGAAAAAAAUUGACCAAUUUGUCUAUGAUGAUGUUUAAAAACUCAAUGAAUGAUUCAAAUCACAUUGAGUUAUCAAAUUUAUUCUCCAAUUUAUUUAUGGUCAGAUCCUGUACAUGAUGAUCAUUUAUUAUCAAUAAAAGUCCAUUUCAAGUAAUAGUAA